AUGACCGCUUCAUUACUCCUCCAUUCGCACUGGAUUGACCCGGUGAUGUUUCUCUACGACAACGGCUUGGAUGAGAGAAGCAAGAAUAUGGACGGAUUUACUGGGGGCAAUUUUGCUGCAAACCAGUGCAGGAAUUUGUUAGCGCAUCCAACCUCGCUGGCUCCGAGCACCACUUACGCUGCGAGUGAGGUGCCAGUCUCUGGCAUGGGGGAGCCUGGCAAACAAUGCAGCCCCUGUUCUGCCACUCAGAGCUCGCCCAAUGCAUCUUUGCCUUAUGGAUAUUUUGGCAGCAGUUAUUACCCAUGUAGGAUGUCACACGGCGGCGUGAAGCCUUGCGCGCAGCCCUCUGGUUAUGGCGAUAAAUACAUGGACUCAGCUGUCUCUGGUGAGGAAUUCUCCAGCAGGGCAAAGGAAUUUGCGUUUUACCAGGGCUAUUCCUCGGGUCCUUACCAGCCCAGCUACUUGGACGUCCCUGUCGUACCAGCGCUGAGUGCUCCAUCUGAGCCAAGACAUGAGUCUCUGCUGCCCAUGGAGCCCUACCAGCCCUGGGCCAUCACCAAUGGUUGGAGUGGUCAGGUUUACUGCAGCAAGGAGCAGCCACAGUCAAAUGCUCUUUGGAAAUCUUCAUUACAAGACAACAUAUCUGGUGGAGACAGCUCUGGCCGCCGUGGGAGAAAGAAGCGUGUGCCUUACACCAAGGUGCAGCUUAAAGAACUGGAAAGGGAGUACGCCGCCAAUAAAUUCAUCACCAAGGACAAAAGGAGGAGGAUAUCCGCGCAGACAAACCUGACAGAGAGACAAGUGACAAUCUGGUUUCAGAACAGGCGCGUAAAGGAGAAGAAGGUCGUCGUUAAAUUCAAGAGCUCCAGUUAGCUCAGGAGAUACAGA